AUGCACAAACUUGAAGAGUCAGUAACUCGUCAGGACUCUAUCCACGAGGACCCAGACGACGUUGUCAUCGAAGAUGAACAAGAAAUCAUCAUCAACUGGCCAAAUAUCGUUGAAUAUUCAAAGACAAGAUUCACGUCUCUAACCCAUCUCCAUCUUCACGCAGUCGGAGAUCUGAACCCGCUACCUUCAUUGAGAGAAAUGUCAUGGAACAACUGGAACUUCUUCUUCAUGGGGUUUGUUGCUUGGUUCUCAGCGUCUUUUGACUUCUUCUUGACCGCUGUUUCCGGUACUUAUAUCGCACAGUCUCUUGACGUCUCCACAGCUGACAUCACUUGGGGUUUGUCUGCUGUUCUUAUGGUUCGUUCCGCAGGUGCUGUUAUCUUUGGUCUCUGGACUGAUAACUACUCCAGAAAAUGGCCAUUCAUCACCACUGCUGCCAUGUUCUGUGCUCUUCAGAUUGGUACGGGAUUCUGUCAGACGUACCAGCAGUUUAUGGCCGUCAGAGCCAUUUCAGGUAUUGCCAUGGGUGGUACCUAUGCCACCGCUGCCGCAACGUCCAUGGAUGAUGCCCCAUUGAAAGCCCGUUCUUUCUUAUCUGGUCUGUUCUUCUCUGCCUAUGCCUUUGGUAUGAUCUUCGCAGCUAUCUUCUGGAGAGCUUUCGAAAGCACAAAGCAUUCAUGGAAGGCCCUCUUCUGGUUCUCCUCUUGCUUCCCAUUCAUCUUGAUCUGCUGGAGACUGGUUUUCCCAGAGACUCGUUACUUCACCCGUGUCUUGAAAGCCAGAGAGUUGAUCAAGCAAGAUCAGAUCGAGGCUGGAGUUUACGUCAAGCCAACUCUCAAGACGAAAUGGGGCUCAGUCAAGGCCAUGCUCAAGAAGGAUUGGCUGCUAUUCACCUACUUGGUUAUUUUGCUUGCUGGUACGAACUACUUGACUCACGCUUCCCAAGAUAUGUAUCCAACCAUGUUACGUUCUCAGCUGGAAUGGUCCCUAGAUGCUCAAACAGUUGCCAUUGUGGUGGUCAACUUGGGUGCCAUCUGCGGUGGUUUGAUUGCUGGUACUUUUAUGGAAGUCACUGGCCGUAGACUGGCUAUCCUCAUCUGCUGUGUUAUCGGUGGUUGUUUCGUCUACCCAGCGUACAUGAUGCACAACAACAGUGCCGUUCUUGGUGGUGGUUUCUUCCUCUUCUUCGCAGUCAUCGGUGUCUGGGGUGUCCUGCCAAUUCACUUGUCUGAGUUGUCUCCUCCAGACGCAAGAGCCUUGGUUUCUGGUCUUGCUUAUCAAUUAGGUAACCUGGCCUCUUCUGCUUCCUCCACCAUUGAAACAAGAUUGGCUAAGCUCUGGCCAUUGGAAUGGGACGCUGAAGGUAACCCAAUCAAGUACGACUAUGCAAAGACCAUUGCUUGCUUCACAGGUGCAGUCUUCAUCUACGUCUUUAUAACCACAUUCAUCGGUCCUGAGAAAUUCCACAGAGACUUGAGUUCUCCAUUGCUGAAGACAUAUAUUGAGAAGGUUAUUGAGAUUGAAGAAGGCCGUGACCCAGAAGCCAAGUUUGUUGCUUCUAGUGGUGAUACCAGUGAACAGGCAUCUUACGGCAAGGCAACACACGAGGAGAUUGAGCUCGACUGCUAUCCACAGGAGAAGAAGUGA